ACAGUCUCAACGAUUUAUGUUUACGGUCUACUACAUUUCCGGCAGUGGCUUACGACGAACGACUGCCCACAACUAAUAGAGGGUUAGCUAAAAUGUUUUGGUUCGCGCGAACCGAACGCUGAAAUUGGAAGGUGUAAUCGCCUCUGAACCCUACGAGUGAUCGAAUCAGUCAUCAUUACAUGUGGCGGUAUUGGUCCAAGAUCACGCACUUUCACUGUAAACAAACAGCGACAUCGAUAUUGCAGAGCGUUUUGAAGAGAAUCGUGCCAUGAAGACAAGUUUGGAAGAUCAGUUUAUUGUUUUGUCAUUACUCUGGACAUGCUGUGGUUUGAUGAGUUUGCUUCUUGUUGUCGGAGCUGAUGGCAUUGAAAGAAGGAACGGCGAUGUGCAGUAUUGUCCUUACUUUAAAAAUCGAGGUCCGUCUCGGCAGGAAAAUUUGAGAAAUUGCAGUUGGUAUAAAGAGAAUUCAUGCUGUCAUGACGAAGAAAUUGAGUUUGCUUUCCGUCAGUUAUCACCACUUGAAGGUGCAAACGGCCAGUGUGCACAAUAUAUGAACUACUUGUACUGCUACAUAUGUGCACCGAAUCAAAAUACGUUUUUCAAGGAUUUUACUCUGACCGUAUGUGAAGAAUUCUGCGAUCACAUCUAUAACGCGUGCCAAAACGCAAUCUUGAAAGGGCGUAAACUCAAGCACGUUUAUAAAAGUGGCCAAGAGUUCUGCAAGGCCCGACGAUUCAAAACGGAUAAAGAAGCCCACGGAAAGUGCUUCACUUAUAAAGGAAAACCAAACACAAAGAGUGCGUCCCAACAAUUAAGCGUGAAUAGCAAGUUUGUAGCUGUGUUAGGAAUGUUGUCUCUUAUGGCGAAGCACUGUGUUUUGUUAUGAGGAGACACGUCACGCGAUUUGGUUAGGCUUUAUGACAAAUUAUGGAUUUUUAUUCGCGUCUUUCAAAUCACACAGUUGAAAACCUAAUGUAAUCCACGAGCCGAUAUAAAUACGACUGUGAACAGCUGUAUUAAGGUAAGCCUGGAUAUCACCAUUCGCGUAAAAGUUCGUGGUAGCUUUAUCAAUUUCACAGCCACUUCUUUUCGGAAAGGUAAAUGUCAAAAGUUGCAGAAAAAAUAUGAAACGUUUCCUCAGGAAAGCACGUUUUUUAAGCCUUCUCAUUAGAGGAAUAAAAAACAAAAGAGUCGAAAUUAUGCUAAUAUACAGAGUUAAUUCAUUUUACUUGAAAGAGCAUUUAUUGUUGCAGACAACAGUAAUCAUUGACCUUGAAACAUAGACUCUACGCCUGCGGCUGAAAGCAAGAUGUAGUAAGCACUUUUUGCACGCGAAUAUUUUAUUAAAUUAAAAUGGUCUAUCAAAAAACUAAGUAAUUACUCAAACAAAACCGGGAACAUAUUACGCAAGACAUUACACUAUUUCGUUCGAAGGAAAUGUCCUGUUUUUCCUUAGGAUUAUCCGGUUAAUAAGUUCAAAGUUAGGAAAUUAUAAUCAUAUCAUCAAUACUGUUGUGGUCAGAUGCCAAAUAUAUCUUUACGCCACAUAAAAUAUGGCAAAACAUUUAAGCUUCCCUUUAUUAUCAGCAACUAAGUGUGUAUGUAAACAAACUUUAAUUUCACACAGGUCUGUGUGACAGUUUUAUAACCAAAAUAAUCAUUUGCUGGCGCAAAUUUUCAAAGUUGCUGUCAUAGCAAUGACUACAUAUGGGUUAAUUUAAUACAUGUCUCGCCAGAAACUUAAAAACAAUACCUUUUAAAGGAAUCAGUUUUCCUCAAAAGGUGAUGACAUUUCUUAAACACAUUUAGGAUCAUUUUUUACUAAAGAAAUUAUUUGACUGAAAUGAUUAAUUUUCCAACGGAUUUUUUCUGUCAUUCGUGUUUACAAGCGACUUUUAAAACUUUGAGAAUGUAUUACACAGAAUGGAAGACUUAUCAAAUGGAUCAAAAUAUCAUUUGAGAGAAGAAAUUAAAAACAAGUAAGGAUUUAUUUUGAGAUAGGAAUGUUGUUGAGCCAUGACAUAUGGCCAAUGAUAUUUAUUGCACCUCCCGUAUAAGAAGUUGUACCACCAAUGUUAUUUAAUCUAUACAUUAAGAUAUGCAGGGCACAAUGAGUAAGAUAUAUCAAUUUUUGUACCAGGUGAAUCGCUAUUGUGAUUGCCUAUGUAAUUACUCAAAAUGUAAUGAAUUAAAUUCAAUUUUU